AUGAAUCAAAUGGGCGAAGGCAAUCAUCGCGGCGUCGCGACCACCGGCGGUGGUGUUACUAUCAAAAGAAAAGAAACGAACGACGAGAACGAAUACGAACAGCUAAAGACGCGGUUUAUCGACGCGAAGAACGUGCCGAUAUGGGAGGAACCGACGGAGAGCAGUUUGGUGCAAUCCUCUGUGUCCUCCACCUCUUCAAGAGGGCAACGAAGCGAAGCGUCGGAGCGACGAGAGGCGCAAAAAUUUAACUUCAUCGGCAACGCGAUGAAGAUGGCCACGAAAGAGAAAGACGUGGACGCGGUCAUUUCGAGUUAUUUGACGAAGAAGAGCGCGGAAAGCGGCAGCCUUCCGAUAUCUUCCUUGGUGGAAGAAGAGCAAAGGCUCGGCGUGCCCGGGUUGAUGGAGACUUUGAUCGGGAAAAGAGAGGAGACGGAGAUCGAGAGGAAGUCUAGGUUUCCCGAGCACGUGUUUGGGGCGACCAGGAACGUGGAGAAGAACCAAAAGACCAGAGAUGGGUGGGAGCUGACGUUUAGCGAUGAGUUUGAUUUGGAUUAUUUAGAUUUGGAGAAGUGGACGCCGAGGAACGGCGCGCCGACGAGCCGAAGAGGUGUUGGUGGUGUCGUUGGAAAGCCAGGCGUAGAGAACAGUGCAAACGAAUUCAACGCGAUGUCGCAAUUAGGAGCAUCUAAGAGUCAUCACGGUAGUAAUAGUGGAGGGGGUGGGAGUAGCGAUAGUAGUAGAAGCGGCGAGAGUAGUGAUAUUAUUAGCGGGGGCGAGAGAAGACGAAAUGGCCAAAAGUCUCGAGCAGCGGCGUCGACGAGUGGAAAAGGAUCAUUUCUAGGCGAGCAAGAGGAAGAAACCGUCGACAAGGAGACGUGGUUUCACGAGAGAAACUGCAAAGUUGUCGAUGGAGCUUUGGUCAUCGCCUCGAGGAAAACGGUUGGAAAGUACGACAAACCGAAAAACUUUGACGACGAUAACGACGAUAACGGGGUCUUCUUGGACAUUCCCGGAGCGCAAAAGUUCUCUGAAUCUGAGUUUCCGUUUGAGUCGUGUUAUAUUGAUUCGUCUAAAGCGUUUAGUCAGGUCUAUGGUCGAUACGAGGUGAGAGCGAGACUUCCGGGAUUGUCGUACGACCCGAACGAUAAAGACACGUGCGCCGGAGUGUUUCCGAGAAUUGAAUUACUUCCAGAUCCAGAUAAAACGGUACCGAAGGACGCGUGUUGGCCGAGAGGUGGCGAUAUUCGCGUCGCGCAGGCGUUUGGACAAGGCCGAGGCGGUCCAGGUGCGAAGAUUGGCGCGGUAGAGUCUGGAUUUCACUUCAUGCCUUCGGGAGCAACGUGCGGGGUGGACGGGUACGUCGUCGAUCGCACUCGACCGUUCGAGUUGAUGAAUCAAGUGGAAAAGAGCGAGUAUUUAGCGAUGAAUUCGUCUGCAUCCUCGUCGGCAUCUGCGACUUCAUCGUCAAGAUUAGGCGAAGAGGAGAAGAUCAAGUUCAACGCGGAUUGGGCGAGAGAGUUCCACGUUUUUGCGGUCGAAUGGGAUAAAGAGUCUUUACGGUUCUUUAUCGACGACGUCUUCACGCACGAAGUCAACGCGUAUUCGGCUCCGAUGAUUCCUCGAUGGCCGUUCUUCGUUGGGAUUGGAACGUCAGUAUCUCCGUACGGUGUCUUGGAAGCGCUAAAAAACUGUGAGCAAGACGAUCAGUUUGCCAUCAUCGAUUACGUUCGCGUGUACUCAAAGAAAUCUCCGCACGAGGUCAUCAACAACGAAGUGUACUUCUUCUGGUUGUUCGCGGUAAUUGUAUUGCCGACGUUAGCAACCAUGUACUGCUCGGCAAAGUAUUUGAUUCGACAAGUCAUUCGCGAAGAUUUAUUCGGGGCUGACGAAAAAGGAUCUGGUAACUUUGGCGACGGUUCGUCGAACGUAGGCGGCGGUAAUUCGAUGGAAUCUGGCGGUAACGGCGAUCAUCAUCUCGGCAUGAGUGGUAAAGUAAAAGGCGUCGCAUUUGAAUCCUUAUCGGAUGAAAAGCGACGACGUCGUCGCUUGUUGCGCAAACUCAAACGCGAGAUGGGCGUCGUCGAUUCAAUCACCGUCGGCACCACCGAACCUUUGUUGACGAAAAUCUUACACGAGAAAGAGGAAAUCGCGAAAGCAAGAGUCGAGCGCGCGUUUAAGGACGAAGGCGCGAUAAAUAAUGGUGCCGCCGAAGGUUUGGAAGACGACAGUUACCGUAAAUACUCCAAGCAACCAAAGAUGCAAAAGGAGACCAAGAACGUCGGCGGCGUGACAUUACGACUGCCGGAUAUCACGCCAAAGCGCGGCGGCAUGCAAUCGACCUAUUUCAGCGAAACGAGCGAUUUCACGACCGAAGCCGAAGGCGUUGGUUCUGGUGACAAUCGUCACCAUCGUUCUUCGGGAGGUGUAAGCAGCGAUUCGGGCAGCGGUGGUCAAAGACAAUACGGAAGCGGAGAGUUAUGA